CAGCACCAUCUUUCUUCAUAAGUUUCUAGUACCGCCGAGCUCCACAUCAGCGCUAUCCUCUAUCUACUCACUAAACAGCGUACAUCAUGUGUGGCGGCGCGAUCAUCUCCGACUUCACCCCGGAGCGCGACCACCGCGGCGGCAGCAAGCGGGGCCUCUGCACCGCUGACUUCUGGCCGCAUGCCGCCGCGUUCGACGACCCUACCGACCACCACGACUUCUACCCCGACGAGCUGACCGGCGCCCGCUCGUUCCCUCCCCAGCACCGAGCGGCAGAGGAGGAGCCGAGCAGGAAGCGGGAGCGCAAGACGAUGUACCGCGGCAUCCGGCGGCGACCGUGGGGCAAGUGGGCGGCGGAGAUCCGCGACCCGGCCAAGGGCGCGCGCGUCUGGCUCGGCACCUUCGCCACCCCCGAGGGCGCCGCGCGCGCCUACGACCGCGCCGCCCGCCGCAUCCGCGGGACCAAGGCCAAGGUCAACUUCCCCAACGAGGACCCGCCCCUCGACCUCGACGACUACGACGUUGCCAACGGCGGCUACAACGUCGCCGGCUUCUUCCACCAGCCGCCCUACAUGGCCGAAGCCACCGCGCCGGUGCCGGAGGCGGCGUACGCUCACCAGCUGCCGCAUCAUGACGAGCCCGGGAUGGAGCUCUGGAACUUUGACAACAUCAACACCCAAGUGCCUAUGUGAUAGAUAGUAACUGGUCUCUUCUGCUUGCAUGUAAUAUUGCCUUUACCUACUUAUUAUUAAGCUUCUGAUGAAUUAUGAUUUGUUUUUGACGGCCACUGUCAUCGGAUCUGAUGCCAGCCAUCCUCGUGGCCAAUUUAGUGAGAAUCGCCAAAAAUCGUCUAACGGAUACUGAAAGUGUUACAUUUGAAAAGUAGAACAUCGCAAUAAU